AUGGCGACGGCGACGACGCCCGUCCUGACGAACGACGACGACGACGGCGUCGACUUCGUCUGCCGGUGUGCUCUCCGUCUCCUGGCGGCCUGGUGUUCCAGCGCUGUUGGCAUUCCGGGCCGGCCCUGCCCCGGCCAGCUGCCCAGAAGGCUGGGGGACGACGACCGGGACGUCCGCAGGUCCGCGGCUCGGGCGCUGGGCGGCCUGGGCGAGGCUGCGGGCCCCUUCGCCGCGGGGCUCGCGGCCUGCCUCGAGGACUUCGACGAGGCCUCGCGCGACGCCGCGGUGGACGCGCUGGCCCGCCUGGGCCCCGCGGCGGCGCCCUGCGCGCCCGAGGUGGCCAGGCGCCUGCGGCACUGGAACCUCUACGUCCGCACCGCGGCCGCGCGGGUGCUCGGGCACCUCGGCGAGGCCGCCGCGCCGUUCGAGGCGCAGCUGGCGGCGCUCCUGGAGGACGCCGCGCCCCAGCUCCGGGAGGCCGCGGGCGCCGCCCUGGAGCUCAGAGGGAUGAAGAGGGCGGCAGUUGGCAAGGCUUUCGCGGAGAUGCAGAGCGACAGUGCCCCGCGGAAGGCGUUGCCAGGACGCGCGAGCGUCGCGCCGCAUCCAGUCGGGCAGGGUGGCGCGCGCCUCUGCCUCCGGCAGGUGAUAUUUAACCAGGAGACGUCGUGCAAGCUCCAGGUGCUGCGCGACAUGCGCCCUAACCGGCUUGCUCUGGCUGUGGCGAGGAGAGGUCAGAAGUGCCUGGUCGUUCGGGGCCUCGUCGAGGCGAAUCGCAUCGCGCGCGAGGCCCUUUGGCGCAACGGCACGGGCAUGACCGCCCCGAGCAUGAAGAGCGAUCUGCGCGCUUCAGGGCCCCGCGGCGCAUCGCGGGCCAACGCGGGCGAGCCCGACGACGGGGUCGCCGGGGCGGUGCGCCGGGCGCCCGCCAGCGGCGGCGGCCGCGGCCCCGGCGGCCGCGGCCCGGGCGCGCCGCGGCCCCGCGGCGGCGACCCGCGGGCGCGCGCGAUGGCCGCUGCGCUGGGCGGCGCCCCGCCGCUGCCGCCGGCCAGGCCGGCGCGAGCUCUCGGGGCGGCCGCCCGCGCGGCAGCGCGAGAGCCCUGGCCCUGGCCGGCCGCCGCCGCCGCCGCGGCCCCCGAGCGGUGCCGCCGCGGCGCGAGGGCGCCGCGCGCGUCAUCGCCCAGCCGCGGCGCCGCCCUGCGCGCCUGCGGCUUCGGCGCCCUGGCGGCCGGCCUCGCGGCGCCGCGUGCGCGGCGCCGGCGGCACGGCGCCGCGGCCGGCGGCAGACGGCGGUCGGCCCUGUCGCUGCGGCGCGCAGCCGCCCCGCGAGUGGCCGAUGUGGCGGUGGAGGCGCCCCGGGACGCCGCGAGGGGCGCGUCCGCCCCGGAGCCCGCGGGGCUGGGCGAGGACAUGGCGACGAUCCGCGAGUGGUCCCGCUCGGGCGAGAGGCUCUUCCUCGCGAUCACGAACAGGGGCCUGAAGGAGGCGAUGGCCGGGGAGCUGGAGCGGCGGUUCCAGCGGCCGAGCGCCCCCCUUGGAGGCCGGCUCUGCUUCUCGUGGCCCGGCUCCGCCCGCGGGCCACCGCUGCACGGCGCCGGGCGCGUGGUGGCCCUGUUUGCCGUCGGCAUGCAGGACGACCUGCGGGCCAUCUGCGGGGGGGCCGACGUGUACGGCGCGCUGGCCGCGUUCGUCGAGGAGGCCGCCGCGGGGCCGGGCGGCCUCCGGGGGGCCCUCGCGCCCCACCUGGCGGAGCUCGCCGGCCAGCGGCCCCUGCGCUUCAACGCGAGGUGCCGCGUGAACACCUUCGGCGCGGAGAAGGAGGCCUUCGGCCUCGACGCAGACUGGACGAAGCUGAAGCUGGCUGUCAGGGACGGCGUCGAGAGGGCCACGCGGUGGACCUUGGAGCCCCGCACGAAGGCCGUGGAGGUCACAGUGAUCGCCUUCUUCGGGACGGACCACUUCGCCCUGGGCGUGGAGUGCCCCGAGCCCGACGAGGGCGACGGGGUGGCCUUCCCAUGGGCGCGCCUCGCGCGCCCCGGCAUGGAG